AUGAUCUCCCCUGCCUUGCUCCGAUGCUCUAACAUCCCCCCUCCUACUCCUCCUUUAACCCCCCGCAUUACCAGAUCAAUUGUGUCUCUCCCAGGCGAUACAUCUCAAGAAGAUGAAUCAACAUCAUCCUCUUCAAUCCUUUCAAAAGCUGCCGAAUCUGCUGCUGUCAUGUUUGCCUCAGUUGCUGUCAUUGCUCUGGCUGGGUUUGCAUACCAGCAAUACUACAAUGCUCACGCCCUGGCUAAAAUGGAACGUGCCUUUUACCCGAGUUUAGCCUCUUGUGACCCUCCUGACCCUUGGGUUGAACGCUCUGAUCAAGCUCUACUCGACAAUAUUGUCUCGGGUCAAACUGCAGGCAGAUAUUACUUGCUUAUUGGUGAAAAGGGUACCGGUAAAACAUCUAUGCUACGAGAAGCUGUCCGAAGAACAAACGGUGCCCGUUGUGCUUUCCUUGAUGCCCAUCCAGACCCUGAAAUUGUCCGCUUGAGACUUGGCCAUGCCUUAGAUUUUGCCUUUUAUGAAGAUUACCUUGGUGCAAUGUUCCAGCUACGUGGCCCACGAGAUACAACUGCUCUUCUAGACAUUGAGCGUGCAUUCAAUAAACUCGAGAUUGUUGCCCGUAGAGUUAAUGAUCAUGACAAACGGCCCCUUGUACUCAUCAUUAACAAUAUCCACAUGGUACGUGAUGAUGAGAGCGGCCAACACUUGAUUGAGCUGCUUCAACAAAAGGCUGAAGCCCUGGCUGGCAUGCUUACCGUCAUCUUCAACUCGGACGACUACUGGGUCUAUGAGCGUCUAAAGAAACUCUCGACCAAGCUCGAAGUCAUUACUGUCCGUGACAUGUCCCGCACACAAGCCGUCCAAACUCUUUGUGGCACGCGCAAAAAGCUUACCGGACAAGUGUUGCCACAGCAAGACGCCUCCGAUAUUUACUCUCUAAUUGGCGGCCGCCCCCAGCAUCUUGCUCAAAUUGCUGCUGCUCAGGAUAUGCUCAAGGCAUGCCAUGAGCUCAUUGACCGUGAACGCACCUGGUAUUUAAACCAGUGUGGACUAUUGGGCCAGGAUAUGGACGACGAUGUUAUGGAAAGUGGCAAGUUCUCAACCUCUGCUAUGCUCCUGAUGCGCGCCCUGGUUCAAAUGGACUCGGAUACUGGCUCCCCUGACCAUGUUCUACCACAAGUCCCGCUAUGGACUGCUCGGCGCAUCAUGACCCGUCCAGACUACAUACAACGCUACGAUGCCCUUAACAUUUUUACCAUAGACAAGAGCUCUUUUGUCAAGGCCGACUCGGUCCCCAUGAUGCAAGCGUUUCGUGAAAUAGCUGCGAUGCCAAAGUUUGACGAACUUCUUGAAGAAACGUGUGACCGAGUAUCGGCCAUUGAAAGUUUGGGCAGAACUCGUGAAAUUGUUCUUAAAGACCUGGUUCAAGGCGGUCACUACCAUUGGAGAGAUGGUAAGAUAACGCUCUCGGCUCAGCAGCAGGAAGAUUCAGACGAAAAUGAUGAUGACUCGGACUUUUCCAAAUUGAAUCUCGAUGAGUCAUCUAAGAAAUGGUGGUGGCACCGGCGGUCCCAGGCAUACUUGGGCAAGCAAGCAAGCAAGUAA